AUGUUUGGCAGAUGUGUAUUUGAGCCCUUAAGGGGUACGAUAGCACGGCAGCGGCAGCGCGUGUCGGACAGCGGCGUCAGCGCGAGUUUAUCUGUGGCGUUGUCAGCAGCACCAGCAGCGGCGACGGUGGAGGGCGACCCGCGCCACUGCCUCCCGGGACGCCAGCCAUCCAGCAUGCUGCUGCUCGUGGCGGUCGCCUGCUGCCUCGCAGCCCUCGCUGACGGACGUGUCUCCGGGUCCUCCUGGCGCAGAGGUUCAUCGCCUGCAGGAGAUGGCGGGAUGUGGCGGGCUCGCCAGGAGUACGAGUACGUGCUGGACGGCCGGUGCGUGGCGCACCUCCCCAGCCUCAACAAGCAGGUCGCGGGCUUCCAGUACCGCGGCCGCCUGCGCGUCCAGGUUCCGCGCGACAACACGCUGCUGCUCCAGAUGGAGAACGUGACGUACGCCAAGUCGCACACGCAGGUGGUGAACAGCUGGUGGGACAAGCUGCCCGACGUGGCGGACGACGACGCCUACCGCGAGUUGCCGCUCAGCAAGCAGACCACCAUCCUCAAGCUGGACGACGGCCUCAUCCACAGCGUGGUGGUGUCGGACGAGAUGGAGGACUGGGAGGUGAACUUCGUGCAAGGCGUGUCGGGCGCGCUGCAGGCCGACCUGUCCGGCUCCCACGCCGUCCAACUGCACGACCGCGAGCCAUCCAACGACAUCCACGGCCGCGGGCAGUACCUAGACGCGCCCGUCUACUCCGUCUUCGAGGACUCGGUGUCGGGCCGCUGCGAGGUGACGUACGAGGUGGGCCAACUGUCCAAGAUGGCGCUGCUGGCCAACCCGUCUUGGGCGCUGCGGCCGGACCUGUGCUCCAACGGCGGCAUGCUCGAGGUGGUGAAGACGCGCAACCACAGCAACUGCGAUCACGUCGCCGAGUCCCACUUCGGCCUGCGGCCCGCGCUGCGCUGUACGCCCGCGGACGCUAACUGCGGUGACUUCUGGACGAGGUCGUCGAUGACGCGGCUGGUGGGCUGCGGCUCUCGGCGCGACUUCCUGCUGCUGAGCGCGUCGAGCAGCUCCCGGGUCGUGGUCAACCUGCACCUGCACAACGGCACCGAGGCCUCCGCCAGCUGCUUCCUGCGCCUCAACCUCGCAGACCUCCGCCCCAUCAACGACAGCUUCCCGCUGCCGCACAAGGAGUACUCCAGGAAGAUCUCCGGCCUCUCCUACCUCUUCAGGGGCAAGAAGUUGGAGACGGAACCUGUCGAGUGGAUAAAACCGACGGAGACAUUGCCCUUCGAAGUCGCGGGUGAAGCUGCAGCUCCAGAAAUAGAAAUCGAUGCCGAAGAUGCUGAUGAGCUUGGAACCACGACGGUGGAAGUACCAGAGACGACGGUACCUGAGUUUUCUGAACCCACGCGAGUUGAUGCCUUCCAGCCUGACUGGGUAGUCCCUGAAGUUGAAAUCGAUGCUGAACCUACCGAAGAGUCCAGUCCCAAUAAUGUAGCUUCACUGGAAUUCCCAGAGGACGCGGAGGAGACCACGUCAACGCCUGAGCCGACAGAAGCCACGGAAGUGACGACCCGGCGCUCCAGGCACAGGUCGAGGAGCAGACACAGGUCCAGGAGCCGGCUGUUCGACAGCGACAACCAGGAGCUUCAGAACCAGCUGGAAGAGAGCGGGAGGCACCACCGUCGUCGCACCAGGGACACCAGGGCAGCGCCUGUGAGGCACGGCCUCUACACUCCACUGGCCAGGCCGCUGUCUCCGUACUACGUGUCGCACCGCGCGGGCGACGCGCACGCGUGCAUGGUGCAGCAGCUGAAGGAGCUGGUGACCGACAUCGCCAGCGACCUGGAGGAGUCGGCGCACAUCGCGCAGCGGCGCACGCUCGAGAAGAUGGCCGUCGCCGUCGAGAUGUGCCGCGCGCUGUCGCUGCCGGACCUGCAGCGCGCGCUCGCCGGCAUCAUGGACGCGCGCCGCAGUGACACCAGCCUCGUCCUCACAGAGCGGAAGGUGUACCGUGACGUGGUGAAGCUGUGCGGCACGAGCCCGGCGUUCCAGCUGGCGCGCUCGCUGCUCGAGACGAAGAAGCUGGUCGGCGAGGAGGCAGCGGAGCUCGUGUCGGCGCUGCCCGCAGCCCUCAUGGCACCAGACGCCUCGCUCGUACAGAGCUUUUACGAGCUGGUCCGCUCGAAGGCGGUGCAGGAGGACGAGCCGCUGAAGGUGUCGGCGGUGCUGGCGUUCUCGCAGCUGGUGCGCGUGGCGUGCGCAGACGAGGCUGCCCGGCGCGCGAGGUUCCCGCCAGAGGCGAUGCGCGACGCGUGUUCUCCGGCGCAGGCCGCGCGCUUCCUUCCCUGGCUGGCGCGCCAGGCCCACAGGGAGCCCGCCCUGCGCACUGUCUACUUCGCCGCGCUCGGCAACACCGGCUCCUUCGCCGCCGUGCCCUCGCUCAAGGCGGCGGCGCUGAACGGCUCGCUGGCGGCGCACGAGCGCGCGGCGGCGCUGCUGUCGCUGCGCCAGGUGGCGCUGCGCCGGCCCGAGGCGGUCUCGCAGCUGCUGCUGGUGGUGUUCCGGGACUACGCGCAGCCGCUGCCCGUGCGCCUGGCGGCCGGCACGCUGCUGCUGUUCACGCGGCCCGGGCCCGCGCUCUGGCACCGCAUCGCCACCGCCACCUGGUUCGAGCCCAGCCCCGCCGUCGUCGCCUUCGUCUGGACCACUCUCAGCUCGCUCGCGUCUUCCGACGACCCGGUCACCAGAGACAUGAGCGAGUGGGCGCGCGGCGUGCUGAAGCUGGCCAAGCCGGCGCCGGUGGGCCCGCAGCUGCCGUACACGAGCGUGUGGACGGCGGCGUCCGCCGGCAUGCGCCAGCUGCUGCUGCAGGAGCUCAGCUACGCCCCCUCCGUCGGCGGCGCCAACCUCUACUACCGCCGCCUUACGCGGCUCGGCGGCUUCUCCACCAACGAAAUAGAGGCGGAGCUGUGGACGACGGACCCCGCUCGGCUGGUGGAGCUGUCGCUGCAGCACGCCUUCCCCGGGCCGGAGUCGGGCCCCAAGCAGAAAAGGCCCGUGCGGUCGGCGGCAGCCCCACGCAGCCUGUCCGCCAUCCGGGAGAAGCUGCGCAUCGCCGCGCGGAGGCUGCCGCGCCUGCAGGGCAGCCUCCGACUCAACUUCGGCGGGCUGCGCGACCGGCUCUUCCUGUUCGACAAGAACAUCGUUGACAACAUCGAUAAAGCGCUACAGAAGUUGGUGGAGGAGCUGCAGACGGGGAAGGACAUGCACUACCAGAACGCGGGGCAGGACGAGCUGGUGAUGGCGACCGUCAGCGAGCUGGGCUUCCCCGUCUCCUUCCAGCUCAAGUCGCUACUGCUGGGCCGCGCCACCGCCAAGGCGCGCCUCAACCUGCAAGACCACGACCUCUCCGUCGAAGGCUCUGCACUGGUGACAUGGCAACUGCUGUCUGAGCUUGGGGUGUACACGGGCUGGGACGAUGUGCUGUAUCUGGCAGCGUCGCACGCCACAUCACUGGCGCGUUUGCCAAAGAGCAGGCUGCGUGCCAGCCUGAAGGACGAGGCGCUGCAGUUGUCUGUGGAGCCCUUGGCGCCGGACAACGAGCCGCAGCUGCUGUUCCACCACAGCUGCACGCCGUUCACGGCGCAGCACGACAUCCUCAGCCUGGCACCCGCCAGCCUCAGCAAGAACGCCAAGCCCGACCUCACCGCGCCGGAGCACUACUCGCUGAAGGCGGGCGACCUGCACGUGGAGUACCAGUCCCACCAACGGCCUGCGUCGCUGUCCGACUGGCUGCUCAACUCGGCGCCCGUGUUCGGCUUCCCACUGCUCUGGGACACGCUGGACCACGCCAAAGUCCAGGUCGUGCUCGCACGCUGGCACCGCGUCGCGCUCACCAUUACUGUGGAUCACGCCCAAGUGGCGAAUGGCGUGUACAACAUACAGAGGGUGGCCCUAGCUGGAGCGCAGACGACCGAGGCGCCAGCAACGACGGAGAUGACGUCUGCCACGGAGCCGCUCUCGACCGAGGCUGCUACCGAAGCCCUGGCCACCACCGCCGCUGCUGCUGCCGGCACCACCGCGCCGCCCACCGAGGAGACCACACCCACCCUUGCCUCGACAACGACAACGACAACGACAACGACAUCGACCACGACGGCGACCCCUACGACUGUCGCAGAGGAAACCGCAUCGACUCCGACCACGCAGUCGACAACUACCACGCAAUCGACACCGACUCUGUUGACGCUGUUAACGGAACUGACGACUGUCCCGGAAAAUGUGUCUACGUCACCACCGCCGGUAUUGCUGACUACGAUGCCAGAGCCGACCGAGGCACCGAAGGUGGUCGCCAACCUGACAGUGACACACCGCCAACCCGUGUCCUGGCCCACGCCAUUCAACGCCACCGACCUUGACCCCUUUUCCGAGACGAUCAACGGGAGCGGCCUACUGUAUCUUCUGGACAAGGCCUUCAACGGAACAGAUUACGGGCGCGCUCUGACGGUGUCCGUGAACGCGAGCGUGCUGGCGCAGGGCGAGCCGGCGGCCAGCGAGUACCACGGCGUGGCCACGCUGGCGCGCGCGCUGGAUGCACGCCUCAUCCGCGCCGGCGUCUUCCUCAACAGCGAGGAAGACUCCUGGCAGAUUGCGGCUACGGGCAGCUGGGAAGUUGAGCCGCUUCCGUUCCUGGACGUUGACAGCCUGCUGCGAAGUAACCUGGCGUCCAACAUCAGCGCCGACUUCGUCUACCAGGCCAACGAGACUAGGUACAUCGUCCUUGUUAAGGGCAGCGCGAGCCGCGGCGGGCCGCGCAGACAGCAGCUGCUGGAGGCGCUCGAGGGGGAGUGCCCCUCCGCCGCUCCCGCCACCCCCGCCGCCCACGCACCCGCCAGCGCCGGCGCCACAGCAGCCUGCGUCCGCGUCGCUCACUCCGCCGCCCUCGCCAACAAGUACGACUUCUCGUUCAACUUCAACGAGCCGGUGCUGGAGUUCCUGGAGACGCCGGCGGAGCAGAAGACGGCGCGCGUGGUGCUGGAGGUGGACGAGAAGCGCGACGUGCUGGAGGCGUGGCUGCGCGUGCCGCCGCGCAGGGAGCCGGAGUUCCGCAGCUUUGCGCUGGGCCCUCUGCUGCCGCAGCUCAUGCUGCUCAACCCCGCCACCAGCUUCGACCAGGGCCUCUACACUUCAGCGUACUGCGGCGUCAGCGGACAGGUGUUCCACACGUUCGACGGCGUGGAGUUCGAGUACGUGCUGGGGAACGACUGGCACCUGCUCACCAAGGACUGCUCGGGCCGCAGCGGCGUGGCCGUGCUCGUGCGACAGCCCACCGUCUCCAGCCUCGAGGUGGAGGUGAACGCGGACGACUACCGCGUGGCGAGGCUGGGGCCCGGCGAGGCGGCGUCGGUGAGCGGC